AUGGAACCAAAUGAUGAUCAGGAAAAUGAAGUAAUUGCGUACAUUCAAUUAAAUCCUCGCUCAUCUUUAAGACAUGUUGCUAGAGAAUUUGACUUUUCAAUAACAAAGGUACACACAAUAUUCAAAAAAUACAAGUUACAUCCUUAUAGGGAUGUUCUGAUCUAGUUCAGCAUUUACGCCAAGGUGAUAACGAACGUAGUUUAACAUUUAUUGCACGGAUAACAACAUGUACAAAUAACGACCCGUUAUUUUUAAAUUACAUUUUGUGGACCGAUGAAUCAAAGUUUACCAAUAAUGGUGUUUUAAAUGAGCAGAAUAACCGUUAUUGGUCAAACGGAAAUCCACAUUGGGCAGUUCGAUACAAAUUAUCAAACAGUAUGGGGUACAAAUGUGUGGUGCGGAUUAUUAGGAGGAAAUUUAAUAGGUCCACAUUUUUACGACGGUACUCUUAAUGGAAGACGUUAUUCAGAUUUCUUAACUUUGCUACCGACGAUGUUGGAAGAUAUCCCUUUAUUACUUCGUCAAAACUUAUUUUUUCAACAGGAUGGAGCACCCGCUCAUAAUGCCAUUAUUGUAAGACAACAAUUAAAUGAAAUGUUUGGAAAUCGAUGGAUGGGAACUCACGGGCCAGUGGAAUGGCCCCCACGGUCACCUGAUCUAACACCAUUAGACUUUUUUUUAUGGGGCCAUUUAAAGACUGUUGUUUAUGCAGAACCACCAGCAAACUUACAGGAUUUAAAAAAUAAAAUAACGGUAGCGUGCAGACAAUUAACAAAAGAACAAAUUUUGGCAGCAACCUAUAGAAAAGUGAGUCGUCGACUGGAAUUGUGUUUAGAAAAAAACGGAGGAAAUUUUGAACAUUUUAUUAGAUAAAAUUUCAAAAAGCUGUAACUCAUUCAAUUUUAGGUUUAGAACUAUGGUCAAUGGAUCAAAAUUACUUAAAAUAA